CGGACCGAGUGGGUGCUGAGCUGGAGGGAGUUUCAGCGCAGCCCCGAGCGCAAAGCUCUUGAAAAGGACAUCAAGUGCAAAGUGAACCAGCUCACUCCCAGGCAGUACUGGAACCAUGAGCAGUAAUGCAACAGACCUGACCAUUGGUUUUGUGUCCUCUUCUAUAGCUGUCCUUUUGUUUGGCUCAAACUUUGUACCACUUAAAAAAUACGAUACUGGUGAUGGAAUGUUUCUCCAGUGGGUACUUUGUGCUGCCAUAUGGUUGAUUGCCGUGGUGGUCAAUCUGAUAUUACAUUGCCCUAAAUUUUGGCCUUUUGCAAUGGUUGGCGGCUGCAUUUGGGCAACAGGGAACAUUGCUGUUGUCCCAAUUAUCAAAACCAUUGGUUUAGGCCUUGGAAUCUUAAUCUGGGGAUCAUUUAAUACCUUAACUGGCUGGGCAAGCUCAAGGUUUGGCUGGUUUGGAAUGGAUGCAGAAGAAGUACCAAAACCGGUGCUAAAUUACGUCGGAGCUGGAUUAUCAGUAGUGAGUGCUUUCAUAUUUUUGUUCAUCAAAAGUGAAAUACCAAAUAACAUGUGUUCUGUGGACACCACACCAUUAAUGACAGAUCAUGUGAUCAACAGCACUCAAGAUUCCUGCCCUGACUGUUCCUGGGUGGAUAGACUUUCUACAGCACAACAGCGCACAGUGGGCUGCACUCUUGCAGUGAUAUCUGGAAUACUCUAUGGGUCUACAUUUGUGCCCAUCAUUUAUAUCAAGGACCACAGCAAAAGAAAUGACAGUAUAUACGCAGGGGCAAGCCAGUAUGAUUUAGACUACGUUUUUGCACACUUCAGUGGCAUCUUUUUUACAAGCACAGUCUACUUUCUGGCCUACUGUAUAGCCAUGAAAAAUAACCUUAAGCUAUAUCCUGAAGCAGUCUUGCCAGGAUUCCUGUCAGGAGUUCUUUGGGCAAUAGCCACCUGCUGUUGGUUCAUAGCUAACCAUGCUCUCAGUGCUGUGGUCAGUUUUCCGAUAAUCACUGCUGGUCCAGGAUUUAUAGCUGCAAUGUGGGGUGUCUUCAUGUUUAAGGAAAUACAGGGUCUACAAAACUACCUAUUGAUGAUAUUUGCAUUUUUCAUCAUCUUGACUGGAGCAUUAUGCACCGCUUUCUCCAAAAUCUAACAAUCACAAGACCAGCAGAUGGCAGCAGUGAGUAAGAGAACCCUGCUACAGGACUUGAGUGAUUAUGCUGAGAAGAGAGUUCAUUUUCUUCCAGCAAAGGGAUCUCAACCCGUCUUGGACUGGGUAAAUGAUUUUUUUUUUUUUCCACAAACGUGAGAAUAAAGGAGAACUAAGUUUCAAUCUAGUAAAAAAAUGGAAAAUUCUUCUAAUGAACUAUUUAUGAUGGUAGGACUUUACUGGGUGACUAAAAUGUCGGCCUUUUACAGCAUUAUAGCCAAGAGUGCUCCUUUUACCACAAUACACACUCGGUGUUGCAUAAUCAGCAAAACAGGGUGAAGUUCAUAUACACAAAGAAUUUUAUACAUGUCCAAGUUUCCAACGUAUUACCCUCGUUAAUGAAGAGGCAGAAAAAUGUUGGGGAGAGAAAUGGGGAGAAUACCUACCUUAAAAUAGAAUUAGACUCCAAAGCUAUCUAUAUCCUUUGCCAGAAAAAGUAAAUGUCAGUGUUAGUAAUUGAAUAUGAAAAAGGCCAUUUCAUUUUUUGCCCAAACUUAAUUUUACUUCAAGUUAAUAUUGCUCAACUCUACGUCAUCCCCUCAUCUUAGCUCAAAAUGCUUUUGAUUAUCUCCAGAUAAAAUCCAUCUUCAGAGCACAAAAAUUUCCAACCAUUGAGAAUAUGUGUCUAAUACACAUACAGACAUAUGCAGGUAGACACACGUAAAUACACACAUGUAUAUGUCUGUAUGAUUCUAAACUUGGGGGGAAUUCUAGAGUUGCUAUAGUGAGGGUCCAGCUUAUUAGAGUAAGAAUUUGCAGGGGUCAAACACUUUGAAUGUAAAAUUUAUUAUUAUUUUUCUGAACUAUACCUUUCUAAAAUCUCUUUUUAAACUGGAAGUUUUCUUCCUGUUUUAACUGGUGGUUUCCAUUAGGGAAAAAAAAUUAAUGGACAUGUUAUUUUUAUAUAUAUAUCAAAAGAGACAGAAUAGCAUUCUGCUUAUGUGUUUGUACUCUGGUACUAACCCAGGUGGGUUUCAUCUUCAUUGUAUGACUUUGAAGAAGUUCCUGAGCCCCGUGUAUCAGAUUCCUCAUC